GGGCGCCUUGGAAGGAGGACCUGUGACUGAGUCGUCUGAGGAGGAGUUGCCACAGCCGCCGCCGCCGCUACUAAGGAGGGAGCCGCCGCCGCCGCCGCUUCUCGCCCGCUCGCCGGGCUCGGGGCUAGCGGGGGAGCGAUGGCGGCGCGGGGAGCCCCUCGGCGGCUCCUCCUCGGCUCCUUCUGGGUGGCGUUUCUCCUCGGGCAGCGCCCGGAGUCGAGCGUCGCCGCCGCCGCCGCCAGGAGCAGCUCUUCGCCUCAGCAGCAGAACCUCCCGCCCGCAGGACCCACAGUGAGGACUUUUACUCUUUAUUUUCUUGUGGAGCCAGUGGACACUCUGUCAGUUAGAGCUUCAUCUGUUAUAUUGAAUUGUUCAGCUUAUUGUGAGUCAUCUCCAAAAAUCGAAUGGAAAAAGGAUGGGACUUUCUUAAACUUGGUGUCAGAUGACCGACGCCAGUUGCUACCAGAUGGAUCUUUAUUAAUCAACAGUGUAGUGCAUUCUAAGCACAAUAAGCCUGAUGAAGGGCAUUAUCAGUGUGUUGCAACUGUGGAAAGCCUUGGAACCAUUGUAAGCAGAACAGCUAAGCUCACAGUAGCUGGACUUCCAAGAUUCAUCAGUCAGCCGGAGUCAGCAUCAGUCUAUAGAGGAAACAGCAUAGUUCUUAAUUGUGAAGUAAAUGCUGAUCUAGCACCCUUUGUAAGGUGGGAGCUAGAUCAUGAGCCACUCUUUCUGGAUGACCGUGUAUUCAAAUUGCCAAGUGGAGCUUUAAUUAUUAGCAAUGCUACAGAUGAAGAUGGUGGAACAUACUGUUGUAUUAUUGAAAUUGGUGUUCUCCCAAAUACAGUGAUGAAGCAGAGAAUUAAAGUUCUUCCAGAAUCUGAAGUUGCCUCAAAUCAGGUGUUCCUGAGACAGCCUUCUUCACUUACCAAAAUUACUGGGCAGAAUGCAGUUUUGCCAUGUGUUGCUACAGGCAUUCCCAUUCCUGUUAUCAGGUGGACAAGAAAUGAAGAAGAGCUUGUUACAGAAAGCUCUCAAAAUUAUUUAUUGCUGGCUGGGGGGACUCUGAAGAUCAACGAUAUCACAGAAGAUGAUGCUGGAACAUCCUGUAUUGCAGAUAAUGGAAAUGAAACAAUUGAAGCUCAAGCUGAUCUGAUUGUACAAGCUCCUCCUGAGUUUCUGAAGCAACCCUCUAAUAUUUAUGCUCAUGAAUCCAUGGAUAUUGUGUUUGAAUGUGAUGUGACUGGGAAGCCAACUCCAACAGUGAAGUGGGUAAAGAAUGGAGAUGUGGUGAUCCCUAGUGACUACUUUAAAAUUGUAAAUGAGCAUGACCUACAAGUUUUAGGUCUAGUGAAAUCAGAUGAAGGAUUUUAUCAGUGUAUUGCAGACAAUGAUGUGGGAAACAUACAGUCUGGAGCCCAGCUGAUAAUACUUGAUCAUGAUGUUGCCAUCCCAACAUUACCUCCCACUUCACUGACCAGUGCCACUACUGACCAUCUAGCACCAGCUACAAGUGGACCGUUGCCUUCUGCCCCUCGAGAUGUUGUGGCUUCCCUUGUCUCUACCCGCUUCAUCAAGCUGACCUGGAGAACACCUGCAUCCGAUCCUCAUGGAGACAAUCUCACCUACUCUGUGUUCUACACCAAGGAAGCCAUAAACAGAGAGCGUGUUGAAAACACAAGCCAUCCUGGAGAAAUGCAAGUGACAAUUCAAAACUUGAUGCCUGAGUCUGUGUAUGUUUUCAGAGUGGUAGCUCAAAACAAACACGGUCCUGGAGAAAGUUCAUUGCCACUUAAGGUGGCAACACAACCUGAGGUUCAGCUUCCUGGCCCGGCCCCUAAUAUUCGAGCAUAUGCAAACUCACCCACAUCAAUCACUAUUAGUUGGGCAACACCUUUAUCUGGCAAUGGUGAAAUUCAAAACUACAAGCUGUACUACAUGGAGAAGGGAGCAGACAAUGAGCAGGACAUUGAUGUUGGAGGUCUUUCCUAUACAAUCAGUGGUUUGAAAAAAUACACAGAAUAUAGUUUCCGAGUGGUGGCCUACAAUAAACAUGGUCCAGGAGUUUCCACACAAGAUGUUGUUGUUCGAACUCUGUCAGAUGUUCCCAGUGCUGCGCCCCAAAAUCUAACUCUGGAAGUGCAAAACUCCAAGAGCAUUGUGAUGCAUUGGCAGCCCCCUCCUGCAGGAACACACAAUGGGCAAAUUACUGGCUAUAAGAUCCGUUACCGAAAAGUGACUCGCAAAAGCGAUGUGACUGAGAGUAUUGUUGGGACACAACUUUCACAGCUAAUUGAAGGUCUGGAACGAGGAACAGAGUACAGCUUCCGGGUGGCUGCUUUAACAGUCAAUGGUACAGGACUACCUACUGAUUGGGUGUCAGCAGAAACAUUUGAAAGUGAUCUUGAUGAAUCACGUGUUCCAGAAGUUCCAAGUUCCCUACAUGUCCGUCCACUUGUAACUAGUAUUGUUGUGAGCUGGACUCCACCUGAAAACCAGAACAUUGUGGUCAGAGGUUAUGCUAUAGGGUAUGGUGUGGGUAGCCCCCAUGCACAGACCAUCAAGGUGGAUUAUAAGCAACGAUAUUACACUAUUGAGAAUUUGGAUCCCAGCUCCCAUUAUGUCAUAACUUUAAAAGCCUAUAACAAUGUUGGAGAAGGAAUUCCGCUCUAUGAGAGUGCAGUGACUAGGGCUUAUACAGACACUUCUGAGGUUGAUUUAUUUGUUGUUAAUGCUCCGUACACUCCAGUGCCAGAUCCCUCCCCCAUGAUGCCACCUGUGGGAGUUCAGGCUUCCAUACUGAGCCAUGACACCAUUCGAAUCACCUGGGCAGACAACUCUCUGCCAAAGAACCAGAAGGUCUCGGAUGCCCGUUACUACACAGUACGCUGGAAGACGAACAUUCCUGCAAACACGAAAUACAAGACUGCAAAUACCACCACCUUGAGCUUCUUGGUAACUGGCUUAAAACCGAACACUUUGUAUGAGUUCUCGGUGAUGGUGACUAAAGGCCGAAGAUCAAGUACUUGGAGUAUGACUGCACAUGGAACUACUUUUGAAUUAGUUCCAACUUCUCCCCCUAAGGAUGUGACAGUAGUGAGCAAAGAAGGAAAACCCCGAACCAUCAUAGUCAACUGGCAGCCUCCAUCUGAAGCCAAUGGCAAAAUUACAGGAUACAUCAUUUACUAUAGUACAGACGUCAAUGCAGAAAUACAUGAUUGGGUCAUUGAGCCAGUAGUGGGAAAUAGACUGACCCACCAGAUUCAAGAGUUAACACUCGACACAGCAUAUUAUUUCAAAAUUCAGGCCCGUAACUCCAAAGGCAUGGGUCCUAUGUCAGAGGCGGUGCAGUUCAGAACACCUAAAGCUGAAUCUUCAGAUAAAAUGUCUAAUGAUCAAGCAUUGGGGUCUGCAGGAAAAGGAAAUCGGCCAGUGGAUGUUGGGCCAGACUAUAAAACACCUAUGAGUGGCAGUAACAGCCCUCAUGGAAGCCCUUCUCCUCUGGAAUACAAUAUGCUUUUGGUAAUAAUAGUGUCUGUGGGAGUGAUCACCAUUGUUGUGGUGGUAAUUGUUGCGGUCUUCUGCACACGCCGCACCACCUCUCACCAGAAAAAGAAGCGAGCUGCAUGCAAAUCUGUGAAUGGGUCACAUAAAUACAAAGGAAAUUCUAAGGAUGUCAAACCCCCUGACCUUUGGAUUCACCAUGAAAGACUGGAGCUGAAACCCAUUGAUAAAUCUCCAGAUCCUAAUCCAAUAAUGACAGACACCCCAAUCCCUCGGAAUUCCCAAGACAUUACGCCAGUUGACAACUCCAUGGACAGCAAUAUCCACCAAAGACGGAACUCAUACAGAGGGCAUGAGUCAGAGGAUAGCAUGUCCACACUUGCAGGAAGAAGGGGAAUGAGACCAAAAAUGAUGAUGCCAUUUGAUUCUCAACCACCUCAGCCUGUGAUUAGUGCUCAUCCCAUCCAUUCCCUUGAUAACCCCCACCAUCAUUUCCACUCCGGCAGCCUCGCUUCUCCAACCUGCAGCUAUCUCCAUCACCAGGCAAACCCAUGGCCAGUUGGCACAUCCGUGUCCCAUUCAGACAGGGCUAAUUCCACAGAAUCUGUUCGGAAUACACCUAGCACAGAUACCAUGCCAGCUUCCUCAUCUCAGACAUGUUGUGCUGACCACCAGGAGCCAGAAAGUGCCACAGGAUCUUAUCUGCCCAGUACGCAGGAGGAGGAGACGAGCCAAAGCCUCCCUACUGCCCAUGUUCGUCCUUCUCAUCCUCUGAAGAGCUUUGCAGUGCCAGCAGUUCCACCCACUGGGGCAACCUAUGACCCUGCCUUGCCAAGCACACCUUUAUUAUCCCAGCAAGCUUCUAGCCAUCCAGUUCAUUCAGUGAAGACUGCAUCAAUUGGCACCCUAGGGAGAACUCGGCCUCCUAUGCCAGUCGUGGUCCCAAGUGCCCCUGAAGUCCAGGAAACAACAAGGAUGCUCGAAGACUCAGAAAGUAAUUAUGAACCAGAUGAGCUGACCAAAGAGAUGGCCCACCUGGAAGGACUAAUGAAGGACCUUAAUGCCAUCACAACAGCAUGACCACCUUCCCCAAGAAAGGACUCCAAAUCCUGUUUCACAGGUCUUGGGACUUAAUCUUGGAGCACAAGGAAAUGUACAAAGACUAGGGGACAGCACAAGAGGGAUAUUCAACCAGCUGCAGUAUCAGUGCCAAUGCUGGUUAACCAAGUGACUUUUCUAUUCAUUACCUGAAAUGAACCUUUUGGAAAGUUGGGUUCCACUUCCUGCUAAGAUGUUGCAAGAAGUGGGUGAUGGAGAUGCGCCGAUGUGAUGAAAUCCAGUAUACAGACAAAGAAGUGGACUUAGCAUUCAUUUGAGUCAGGUUUUGUCUCAGUGCUGUGACCUUCCCUGCAUUUUCAGUGUUGGACAUUCACAUUUAUGUACAAUUUUAUUUGUGUGUUUUUAUUUUAUUGUAUCUUUUUUAUUAAAAAAAGUGUAAUCUGAAGAAAAAGAAAUUUGUGUUGUUUCCCACAGCCUAGACAGAUGUUUGAUUGCUUGUUCUAUUGUGUACGGGAAUUCAUUGCCAGUGUGGAAUGUUCAGUUUGUUUUAUGUUUCAUUUUUUAUUUUUAGUGUGUGUAUAAUUAUAUCACCUUCCAGCAGUUAAUCCAUGACCUUGGGGGAUGCUGCAUCGCUAUUUGUAAGCUUUUUUAUUUUUAUAUUAUAAUUAUUAAAAGCCUGACUAGAUUCUCUCUCAUCACUGUGAGAUUAGCUGCCAGUUUGGAUUGAAAUCUAACACUAAGAAACUUUUUGUUUGUUUUAUGUUUGCAUUUUAAUAUAGUGUGGAGGUAGGCACUGGGAAGGAAGCCACUGAGUGGAAAGAAAGUUUCCGAGGAAUGGGUCCAGUACACAAUACAGCUUGAUCCAUAUGAGUAGCCCCAACCAUCCCUUGGAGAAUGCCCAGAUGAGCAAAUGUAAUGUGCAAAGCGAGUGAUUCUGAGUAGUAAUUGCAACAAUUCCCUCGUCACAGUGAUCGGGGAAAGUGCUACAGUUAUCAUGGGAAUGGCCCCUGACUGUGUCUGUGAUUAUCAGUUUGCACAUUACCUCUGCCUGUGUAAGCACAUACCAGGAGACACUUGGCAUUACUCAUGUGAACAAGAAAACCUGUUGUGCGCACAGGCUCUAAGUUGUGAAACAGAUUUUUUUUUAAAAAAACAACAACAACCUAUCAUUUGCUUUGUGAGCUAGUCAUUAAGUGUGCCUGGCUAUUAAAUUGAUGGGGACGGGAAGCUUUAUUGAGAAAUGUAGGAUUGUUUAGCAUCAGAUACCACAGUGUGUCUUGGCAGCAGAAAUUUCUGUUUUGAUGUUUUAUUUGAAAGAUAACCUCUUUAACAUUUACAUUGCAUCUUGAGUUUUAUUCCAGAUCUUUUAAUGUACAGAGGUUAGUAGUAGAUUGGGGGGGCACUUUUCCCUGUAGUUGUACACGGUCCCAUAGGUCUUCAAAAGUACCUUCAGUGUUAAACCACAAUUAGCAAAAUGUCUUUUGCAGGCUUAUUUAUUCUAAACGGAAACAAAACCUAGGCGUACAAUGCUUGUGACUCAGGUGCCGCUCGGGG